CUCCUUUAGACUUCUUCCCUCUCUGGUCUACACCACAUAAAAGCAAGAUAUGGCUACUGCUGGCAGUGUGCUGACUGAGGAGCAGCUUCUCUGCCCCAUCUGUCUGGAUUUGUUCAACCAACCAGUUUCCACUCCUUGCGGGCACAACUUCUGCAGGGACUGUAUACUAGGAUACUGGCAGUGUGCGAAUGUGUCACAGUGCCCCAUGUGUAAGCAGAAGUUUUACAGGAGGCCUGAGCUCAAAGUUAACACCUUUAUAUCUGAGGUGGCUUCUCAGUUUAAAAAGUCAUCGGAAAAAAAAGAUGAAAAUACAGCCAGCACUAUGGGUGAAUAUUCAGGUCAUAAAGGAGAAGUUUCAUGUGAUGUGUGUGUUGGAAAAGGAGUCAAGGCUCUUAAAUCAUGCCUGGACUGUCUGGCUUCCUUCUGUGAGACUCAUCUGGAGCCCCAUCACGUGUUAGGCACCUUCAAGAAACACCACCUGAUUGACCCCAUGAUCAACAUGCAAGACAGAGUGUGUAAGAAGCAUGAGAAACUCCUGGACCUCUUUUGUUACACUGAUCAGGCUUAUGUGUGCAAGAUCUGCAUGAAGAAAGACCACAAUGCUCAUCACACGGUACCAAUAGAGGACGAGAGCAGAGACAGGAGAGCUCAGAUUGGAAGGAUAAGUGCAGAGAUGGAAGAAAUGAUUCAUGGCCGACUUGAGAAAAUCAGUGAAAUCAAUCAAGCCGUUCAACUCAGCAGAGGAAACAUGGAACGAGAGAUUGAGGAGAGUUUGCAAGUCUUCAACAAUCUGCUCCACUCUAUCCAGAGAGGCCAAGCUGAGCUGGUGGAGGUGAUUGGUGCAAAGCAGAGGCAAGUGGAGGGCAGGGCCAGAGGACUCAUCAUGGAGCUGGAGCAGGAGAUCGAGGAACUGAGGCGGAGAAACACUGAGCUGGGGCAGCUCUCACGCACUGAAGACAACCUCUACCUCAUCAAGAGCUUUCCAGCUUUCUCCACACCGCCAGCCACUAAAGUCUGGUCCGACACCUGUGUGGAGAGUGCGGUAUAUGUGGGCACAGUGAGGAGAGCAGUUAGGAGAGUGGCAGGUCAGCUGGAGGAGACUGUAAAAGCUGAAGUGAAGAGGCUGUGCGAGACCGAAUUUCAGAGGGCUCAGCAAUGGGCUGUGGAUGUGACUCUGGACCCCGAUACAGCUCAUCCUAAACUGGUGCUGUCUGAAAACAGGAAGCAGGUCCAUCAUGGUGAUAUAGCGCUGAGCCUCCUGGACAACCCGGAGCGGUUCUACCCUUGUGUCAGCGUCUUGGGAAAGGAGGGUUUCUCCUCUGGUCGGUUGUACUAUGAGGUUCAGGUGAAAGGGAAGACAGAGUGGGAUAUUGGAGUUGGGCUACAAUCUGCCAACAGAAAAGGAGGAAAUAUGCUAAACCCAGAAACGGGCUACUGGGCUCUGGGGAUGAGAAGGGACAACAGCUACUGGGCCCUCAGCAGCACGCCUAUCCGUGUACCGCUGGUCGGGAAGCCCCAGAGAGUCGGGGUGUAUGUGGAUAUGGAUUGCGGGCAGGUUUCGUUUUAUGACGCGGACUCUGCUUCUCAUAUCUACUCAUUCACCGGAUACUCAUUCAAUGAAAGAGUGUUUCCCUACUUUAACCCCAGACGCAAUCAUGGAGGGGUCAACUCUGCUCCUCUGAUCAUCGUCUAA